CCCCAAAGCUUAGAGGAAACGAUAUUCGCGCUAAUGUUGGUCGGAGAAGAGGAGAAAGAGAAAGAGUGAGGGAGGGAGGAAAGGAAAGGAAGAGGGAGUAGGGCCAAGAGACGUAAUUCACCCCCUUCUCUUGGCGCCAAUCUGGCGGAAAAAAAUACGUUUUUGUCGUUUAGUGAACUUUAGUGUAGUCAAUUGUGGACAUAUUCUUUUGUAGCCAGUUGCGCUAGGUAGUUUGCUAAACCGCUAGCAUUUUACAUAAUCUUGCCCCUUUUCAAGAAACCACAUUAAUUUAGCGACUAAGUUAGCUAGCUAGCAACAGCAAGACACAGCGGUCGUUUUAAAACAGCGAUAUGGGGAGGAAGUCAAACAAAGCAAAGGAGAAGAAGCAGGCUCGCCUGGCGGAGAGGGCAGCCAUGGAUGCAGUGUGUGCCAAGGUGGACACAGCCAAUAAGCUGGACGACCCUUUGGCUGCUUUCCCAGUCUUCAAAAAGUAUGACAGAAACGGAUUAAAUCUCCAGAUCGAGUGUAAGAGGGUGUCCACUCUCAACCCCAUGUCUGUGGAGUGGGCCUACGAGCUGACCCGGACCAACAUGCAAACACUGUAUGAACAAAGCGAGUGGGGAUGGAAGGAGAGAGAAAAGAGGGAUGAGAUGAAGGACGAGAGGGCGUGGUAUCUGCUUGCUCGAGACACAGACUCCUCCCCCGUGGCCUUCUCUCACUUCCGAUUCGAUGUCGAGUGCGGGGAGGAGGUGCUAUACUGUUAUGAGGUCCAGCUGGAGAGUAGGGUGAGGAGGAAAGGACUGGGCAAGUUCCUCAUCCAGAUACUACAGCUCAUCGCCAACAGCACACAGAUGAAGAAGGUGAUGUUAACAGUAUUCAAACACAACCACGGGGCGUACCAGUUCUUCAGAGAAGCUUUACAGUUCGAUAUCGACGACACCUCACCCAGUAUGUCUGGUUGUUGUGGCGACGACUGCACCUAUGAGAUCCUGUCGCGGCGGACCAAACAUGCCGAGGCCCAAGCCGAGGCCCAGGGGCACAGCCACGGUGGAGGAGGGCACUGUGGAGGCUGCUGUCACUGAGGGAGCCUGUUCCUGUUUCACCACUUCCUGCCCACUUCCUGGUCCCACGCUCUAGAAGCUGCCCCUCGUCCCCUUCUCUGCUCAUGAGUCAUUACUGUACCCAAACGCCCCAAAACCCCUGGCCCACUCUAUAUUCUCCCCUCUCUCUCUCUCAUCCGUAUCCCCCCUCUCUCUCUCUCAUCCGUAUCCCCCCUCUCUCUCUCUCAUCCGUAUCCCCCCUCUCUCUCUCUCAUCCGUAUCCCCCCUCUCUCUCUCUCAUCCAUAUCCCCCCUCUCUCUCUCUCAUCCAUAUCCCCCCUCUCUCUCAUCCAUAUCCCCCCUCUCUCCAUACUAUUUUAGUCUUUGAUAAGUUAGGAAUCUGCUUGUGCUCUUUCUAGCCAGCCACCUCAACAGCUUUCUGAACUGUCCCAAGGCUCCAUCCCAAUAAUUCUAAUGUGCAUACUAUUAUGGAUGAAGCGAUGUAUUAGCCAUGCAUUUUGAAUGGUAAAUUAGGAUGGAUUGUUGGGACAGAGCCCCACAUGUAUUUAUCUUAGUUUGAUCAGGUAUUCUGUAGAUAGUCUCUCUCUCGCUCUCUUCCCCAGAGCCUCUGAUCCGUUUCAGUUGAUCUUCUACAGUAUUUUUAAAUGCUGUCUGAUGGCAGGAACACCCGCUGUUCCUACAUUUUUGUAGAGAGACGUGUGUGAGAUACAUACAUACAUAUAUAUAUACACACACACAGUAACAGUCAAAGUUAGGACGCCUACUCAUUUGAGGGUGUUUCUUAAACGUUUUUUUUUUUUUUAAAUGUUCUACGUUGUAGAAUAAUAUUGAAGACAUCUCUACUAUGAAGUAACACAUAUGGAUUAAUGUAGUAACCUGAUUUACACAGUCUCCUCUGGACAGUUAAUGUUGAUGUGUCUGUUAUUAGAACUCUGAAGCAUUUAUUUGGGCUGCAAUCUGAGGCUGAUAACUAAUGAACUUAUCCUCUGCAGCAGAGGUAACUCUGGGUCUUCCAUUCCUGUGGUGGUCCUCAUGAGAGCCAGUUUCAUCAUAGUGCUUGAUGGUUUUUGCGACGGCACUUGAAGAAACUUUCAAAGUUCCGUAUCGACUGACCUUCAUGUCUUAAAGUAAUGAUGGACAGUCGUUUCUCUUUGCUUAUUUGAGCUGUUCUUUCCAAAAUAUGGACUUGGUCUUUUACCAAAUAAGGGUGGUAAACAGAAGAUAGCCCUAUCUUGUCACAACACAACUGAUUGGCUCAAACACAUUAAGAAGGAAAGAAAUUCCACAAAUUAACUUUUAACAAGACACACCUGUUAAUUGACAUGUAUUCCAGGUGACUUCCUCAUGAUCUGGUUGAGAGAAUGCCAAGAGUGUGCAAAGCUGUCAUCGAGGCAAAGGGUGGCUACUUUUAAGAAUCUCAAAUAUAAAAUAUUUUAUUUUGGUUACCAUGUGUUAUUUCAUAGUUUUGAUUUCUUCACUAUUCUACAAUGUAGAUUUUUUUUUAUAUAUAUAAUGAAACCCUGGACUGACUAGGUGUGUCAACUUUUGACUGGUACAAUAUAUAUAUAUAUACACACACAGUACCAUAUAUAUAAUAUAGUGCACUACCUUUGAACAGGCCCGUAGGGUAGUAGUUGUUGCCGUCUCUGUUAACUUACAGAAACCUUCAGGGUAUAGUGGCUGGCAGAUCUGGGUUGCCAGAUUGGGUUGUUUCCCAUAGAGAUACUAGAAACCCACCUCUGUGCUGUAUGUCUGUGGUUGAAUCCCAAAGGGCAUGCUAAUGCCCAUAGGUCUCUGGUUAAAAGUAGUGCACUAAGGAAUAGGGUUAUAUUUGGGAUGUCUCCCCAGUGACCGGGAAGAAACUCAACUCUGGCAUCUCACCCAGGCUCGAAGUUUACCGCUUUAUUAAAACAACAAAGAAACAAAAAACGUUGACAUUUUUUUCUUGUUCAUUGUAUAAAGAUAAACUGUCAGGUAAGUAAAAUCGCUCGUUUUGUUUUCUACUUUCCAACCAGAUAAUAUUCUACAGACCAUGUCUGUCUCAGGUUCAAAUCCCAACUGACACUAACAACCAUCUCUUUGUGUUUCUUAGCAACUAUGUUACGGUCAAAUAGUUUGGGGAAAGAAGACACCCCCUAACCACAGAUCUAGUAUCAGAUUUCCCAACCUCAAAUUUUACACCUAGUCCUGGACUAAAAAAUCAAUGCUUUUAAAUCCAGGACGGGGGGGGG